AUGCAACGAUCGCUACACGACCAGGCCAGCUCUUCGCUCGGCUCUGUCGAUCUUGCAUCAGCUCUGCACAUGUCAUCGGCACAAUCUCACAUUGAUGCUUUUCGAUUCCUCGACCUACCACCUGAGAUCCGAAACGAAAUCUAUAAGAACCUCUUAUGCACCUUCGAGGCUCGAGAUCCUCAGGCGGAAACGGAGUAUUCAUUCCUCGAAGAAGCAGCCAUACCCGAGGAAGAAAUCAGUCCUGGAGGAGGCCGCGAAAGUGAAACUUCUAUCGACGCUAUAAAGGUCAAACACUCUAUCGAAACCCAAAUCCUCAGGGUAUCAAAACAAGUCUAUCACGAAGCCUACGAUGUGAUGUUGAAGGAGAAUCUCUUUGUAAGGAUCACAUGUAAUAGUACGCAAGUUGGAACCGUGGUUUUGAAAGACGUCCCGGUCAUCACCAUGAACCGCAGACAUAUCCUCGCUUUCGAUGGGUAUGCAAUGCAUCACUGCAUGUACGCCGACGACGCAUCAGACACGGUCACGGAAUUCAUGCUCCUCCACCGCGAUCUAGAUCUAUUCUGCGACUGGCUUGUUCAUGCUAACGUAUCAAUACCAUAUUUCACGGAUACCUACGAGCAUAUUCUUACCUUGUUCGAUCGUCCCACAUCUAUGUACGCACUCACUACACAAUUUCAAGAACGUCUCCUAAAAUGUUACACCCGGGGAGACUUAAAUGGAUUCCAUCGCUUCCAGAUUUGUGGCUCUGUGGAUCACACACUUUGGCGAAGUGCGCUGGCUACUAUUACAUGGACCUUCACAAAACCUGAAGAGGCAAUCGGAUUUUUCUCAAGUGCAUGGUAUCAAAUGAAAAACGAGGCCGCAGAUAGAGUUGUUGGAAUUUGUCACAGGUACAUCGGCCGAAUCAUCUCUCUUAGGCAUAGCAAGACCUGGGAUGCUUUGCUUGCGAACGGAAGCCCUGAAUUCCGCCGACGUAUUGUAUCUAUCGCGCAUUCGUUCUGUUGCUUUGCAUUUCUCUUUCCAGUAGACCUGGAUGAGGCUCUUCUAAAGGAAGCUUCCCGCAAGGCCGAGUGCGAAAUCUUCACCUUCCACCUGUAUCGUUAUCUUCGGAGGAGUUCUGUUAAAAGGAUUCAACUCGCGAUAACGAUGCUUCACAAGCUUGGCGACGCAUUCCAUCGGGAUGGUUUCAAAGAAUAUCCCAGGACAUUUCGCCUCAUCCACGAUUUCUUGUGUCGAUAUCGUUCGAGCUGGAAAGAUUAUCGCGCACAAGUCAAUGAGCUACUGAAGAGAUACAAUGAAAAGACUAGUGCUGAAGGGAAAACAUCUGAUUUGAUUAGCGCGCAAAAGGAGUGGCCGCUGAAGUAUGAGGCGUUCAUAGGAGGAGUGAACUACCCAGCCAUAGGUUAAGCUACACUACUGGUCGUGUUGCUCAUCUUCACUAGUCCAGCGCUGCAGUUCGACGGUUGGAAUCGAAAUGGUCCUUGUUCUGAUCCCGUAUACACAAGUCCCCAUCAUACACCCGCGUACACUUCCUUCCCGUUCUUUAGGGCGGUUCCAGUAUAUUCUCAGACUUUUGGGACGAUUCGAAGGCUCACUAUUACAAGCGAUCUGUAGACUUCCUAAGCCGCCUCGAAUAGUGCCGUCUUCCCUUUAGAUAGGCUAAUUACCUAC